AUGCAUGUUUCAAGUGCCUCCGUGAAAAAAUGGGGAUACAAAGUGCGGUUACAGAGCACUGAAAGUGUGCACACAGAGUCAUGGAAUAACGGCCUCAAGAAGUUAAAACAGGGUCAGGGAAUUGAGCGGAAGUUCACAGCCGAGCCGCUACCUCAGAAUGUGCCGCGUGGCGGCGUGGCACGGUUUACGUGCCAGAUAGAAGCGGUUCCCCCAGCCAUCUAUGUGUGGGAGCGGGAUGGAAAACCUCUACCUCAAAACAACAGGUAUUUCACACUUAACUCAGGAAUUUUACAAAUCACGGGUGUACAAGCGGACGAUGCGGGUCUUUAUCGAUGUUACGCUACUCAGGGGUCGACCGGCAGUCAGGCCGGGGAAGUUCACGAUAUCGAGAGUCGAUACAGCCAGGAAGCGGAGCUCAUUGUCGAUUCAGGUUUACCUCUGGGCCCAGCUAAGAUCGUGGGCCCUGCAGUUGAUGAAGUGACGGUGCGUGCCGGACAACCAACAAUUCUUGAGUGUCUGGUGCAAGGUUACACAGGAGCAGUGCAUUGGACACAAGAAUCAAUGGAUGCCCAGGGACGUACCGUCUCCACGCCCGUUUGGACGGACGAACAAACCGUCAUGUACGGCAGUAAUCUACAGAUUGUACACACACACGUGAAGCAAGCUGGGACGUACGUGUGUCGCGCGGGGACUCUGGCGAUCACAAGGAAACUUCACAUCAUCAGCAAGCCAGUGAUUCUAUCGAUCACACCGGAGGGAGGUGUGAGGAAACCAAACCGUCAGUGGGUUUAUGUGCGAUGUGAGUUUGAAGGACACCCUCGGCCGACCAUCACCUGGCUUAAGGACGGGGUAGAGGUCACCAAACUCACUGGGACACAGUAUAAAAUCCAGGAACAAGAACGUGAGUUGGCAAUUGUUCUUGGAGAGGUGAAGGCGUCCGGAUACUACCAGUGUGUUGCCAGUAACGAGGCCGGGUCAGUGAGUGCGUUCACCCACGUUGAGUUCUACAUGAAUGCAAAUGUGCCCUCCGCUCCACAAAACCUCAGGGUGCGCUUCCUGGACAGUAGGCGUCUGCGAGUGACCUGGGAUCCUCCGACCACGGGAGCUAUGUGGUAUAUUAUCCAUUAUAGCAACGAGCGUACAGGCAUUAAGGCGGAGGUAGUGAGCAUGUCCACAAAUCAUGACCUGGGGAACCUGGAUCCCUAUACCAACUACACCAUCUCGGUGACCCCGGCCUCACAGAAUGGAAUCGGUGUUAGCUCAGACCAGCUGGUUGUCACAACGAUGGAGGAAGCACCAGAAAGACCUCCAUCAGUGACACUGGAGCCUCAUGUCGGUGGUUUGCAUGUGAGUUGGGAAGUCUUACCUGCAAUAGAGGCCCAAGGGGUGAUCACGGGUUAUACCAUAUAUGUGAGGAAACAGGGGGGACAGGAUGUCACAGAAAUAACUUUAAAUGGCACUGUAACCAGCCAUGCUGUGAAUGGACUUGAGCCUGGUACUGAUUAUGAGGUGCGGGCUAUCGCAUUUACCUCUGUCCCGUACUACAACUCCCCACCGUUCUCGCUCGCUCGCUGGCCCUGGGUUCCUGUAACCACAGAGACAGAAGGAACUGGGGAUUUCACAGGUGAGGAGCCCAUUUUGAAGCUCAGGGCAGUGAACUCCAGCACGCUUGAUGUGACGUGGGCUUUUAAUGCAGAACUCCCUGUCAGCAGCUUCAUGCUGGAGUUACGGGUGCUGCCCGGUGGAAGAAUUGUGCAGUCACAUGACCUAUCCCCAGCAGCACGGGCUCAUGUUUUUUAUGGUUUGGUGGAGAGCCAGUUGUACGAGGUGAAAGUGCGUGUUGUCAUGACAACAGGGGAGGAAACUGAGGUUGUACAGGAAGUAAGCCUCGUAGACCUGCCCCGCCCACCUGUACCCUUCGAUGUCAGCGUCACCCUCGUUCUCAUGACCAGUCUGCAAGUCGACUGGCAGGUUGUGUCACCCAGUUUGGAGGUCAGCCAAUUUACCGUCAAGUAUUCAAGAGUGACUUCCCCUGACAGUCAGAAUGGUUCACAACCAGAGGAAAAGUUCAUCAUCAGCGAUGUGCCCUCUGUGUUGAUAUCCGACCUCCAGCCGGCUACAACGUACCAGAUAUCUGUACGGUCACACGUGGACGGCGUAGCGGGAUCAUUCUCUCCAACCCUGUAUGCUCAGACUGCUCCCGAAGGUGAGGAUCAAAACCAGGUCCCAUCAGAGCCCCAGAACCUGCGGGUCCAGACCCUGGAGAAUGGGCAGGUGUCUGUCGCCUGGCAACCACCCCGGCAACCCAACGGUCAGAUCCGAUCUUACACGGUGUACUACACCAACAAGGCGGUUGGCAGCGAGCAGGACUGGCAGCGUGUUGUGAAGAAUGGCUCAGAGAAUCGUGCUGUCAUCACUGUUACUGGUGGCAACAGUCACUUGCUCUAUGUCAAGGUCCAGGCCAACACAGACUCCGGUCCAGGGGAGAUAACCAGCCCUGUCUCCGUGAAUACCAGUACUCACACAGGCUCUGCCAAGACCAGUCCCGAUAAUCGCACCCUGGGAAUAAUCAUCGGUGUCAGCAUCGGUCUGUUCUGUAUUAUCAUCUGUGUGAUCAUCAUUCUGCUUAGAAACAGAUGUUUUGGCCCGCCCAGCCAACCAGAACACACCUCCUCAUUUCCCCGAAGUCCUGGUAACCAUUGUCACAACAAUGGGCACCUGCCUGGUAACGGAAACGGUCACGCCCACCUGCUGUUGGAUGGGGUUCAGGCAGGGUCAGUCCCAGGAGGAGGGAUAUAUGAGAUGGCCCCCAUGUUGCCGGAGAAUGAACAUUCAGACUCCAAGGGAGGAGGAACUGGCAAUGUGAUUCUGACACCAAACGGAGCCAAGUUGAACGGGUUUGUGCCCCUGAGCAAGCGUAAUGGGCUGACCAAUGGAAAGCUGCCAAAUGGUCAUAUGACCUUCUUCCCCAUCCAUCACCAGUACAGCCCAGAUCACCUGUACUCCGAGGUACCGGAGUGUGAGAGUCUGAUGGCUGAGAUGCUGGGCGGUGGGGGCACCUGCCUCCCGCAUGUUGCCGGGGAUGAGAGCCGGAAUCAUGGGCGGUGCGAGGACAGUGGCUCCCUCGACAACAUUGAUGCCAGCAGCAAUGAAGACACACUUCGGGACUCACGGGAAAACAUUGUCGUCAAACAUGGGACCGGAACGAGUGAAGGAGACAGCGGGGCGGGCAGCUAUACGUCAAGUGAUCGCAACUCUACGGGUUACAAUAUUACGGGCAGCAUUGGUCACCAACAUCCUGGGGAGCUGGGAGAAGGGGUCACACACUGCGCCGACUCUGGGCUUGGUGUUCCUGGCGUCGCCAUGGAUACGGGUCAUGUCAUGGAGUCUGCUGGGUCAACAGAUGUCCAUACCUCAUAUGGUGACUCACCGGGUUCAGGUGACUCAUCAAGGUCACAGGACCUUCCCUUGCCACAUGGUGGUUAUCCCAUACCUCAGUUGUCCAUGCCAGGAAACCAUGGUUACCAUGGAGCCGGGACAGAAUCCCAGCGCGGUGAGUUUACCUCGCCGACAAUGGCGCCAGUGUCAGUAUCCAAUCAUCAGGAAAUGCACGUUUUACCAUUGGGUACUCAAAUACCUCAUUGUCACAAUGAAUCUACCUCAUGUAACACUUCUCAGGCUCGUCAAACAUUGACUGACAGUGAAUCAGUUCAAGGUCAAGAAUCAAUGAAUUGUAACCAUGUACAAGGUGACAGGGGGAGCUCUACCUCACAGCCGUCUGCACACUCCACCCUGGGCUCAGGUUACAUUGCACCAUUAUCGGACACCCCCCAACCUGCCAGCCCAGAGCCCGGGACUGGAGGCUAUUCUCUCUCCCAGGGGAGAAGGCGACACCCAGCCAGUAACUAUGGCAACGCUGCCUACCAUGCUAAUGGGGCCCCACCACAGCUGCGGCAAACAAAUAGUUCUGUCAGGGCAAUUAACUCAGCUCAGGAAUAUGUUACGGGACAUUUUCUUGAAGAAAAUAGUCCUACAUCGGGUGAACAACCAGUUACUUCCCCUGGUCAUCAAAGGGAGGCUACCUCAGCAGGGAGAGUGGAUGGGACAAUUACCUCCCCUGGAUGGAGUGAUUCAGGGGAAAUCACUCCACCAAGUUUUGGUCUACCUCAGGCGUAUAUUGUGAACUCACCAGCGUCGGCAUCUCGUCACCGCAAAAUGUGAAUUACAGGCCAUACACUGGCCCCGGGUAAUCCCCACGGAAUAUUGACAAGCGUUAUAUUUUACCACAACUGUGCUAUAUUUCUUUAUAUAUAUGAUUAUUAUUAUGGUCUGUUUCAUUCAGUGACUAGAUAUACCUCCCAUUAUAACCUUCAGGAAGGAAGUGUAGAAACUUACGUCAAAUGUUUAAGUAUUUUUUGUUUUGCUUUUUGAACAAACUUUGGACGAUUUUGUUAAGUAUGUUUUACACUCUACCUCAUUCUGAGGGGUGGAAGGGAAAAAUGUUCUACCUGGCUUCAUUCUAUAACGUCACAUAGAACAUUAUUACCUUCACUUCUUGAUUCAGGUGAAGAGAUAUACCUCAAGAAACGAAAAUCUGGUGUUAAUUAUUUUAGGAUAUUACUGUCACAUUAUAAACACAUCCAUUUGUAAUGCAUUAUUGACAUCAUAUUGGAAAAUCCAUUGUAAGUAGAUGUGUUUUAUGUAUUAUAGGUGGAAUUUUCCGUCUUACAGGUGGAAUUUUCAAUGUGCUGGUGGAAUUUUCCAUUUUCUGGUGGAAUUUUCCAUUUGCUGAAGGAUUUUUCCAUGGAAUUUUCCAUAACUGUCAGAUUUUAUUGAAGUUCUAGUGGAAUCUUCCUAAACUAAAUGGAAUUUCCCAAAAUUGAGUAGUAAUUUUUAUUUUAAGUGCAAAGAUUAUUUCUUAAUCAAUGGGAUUUUGACGUAAGUGGAAUUUUUCAGAUUUUUAGGAGGGAAAAUUCCACAGCAUCAUAUAGCAGUGGAAUUUUCCAUAGUAAAUAUAGAAUGUGUUUCUUUACAUGAAAAGCGGGUAUAUUUUAAUAUUGACAUGUAUGUUCUUAAUGUGUUUUUUUUAUCAUUUUAUGUUAAUAUGUGACAUGAUUUAGAUGCAUUUUGCGCACAUGAUGUAUAUUGAAGUGGAGUAAUCAAAACUGUCCUAACUGCAUCACAUUUUGUUAGGAAAUAAUACACUUUGCUUCCAACAAUUGAGUAGCUACCUUUUUAUAAGAAAUUUAGAAGAUUUUAUUGAUGAUCAAGCACAAAAUUAAUUAGGAGCUUUCAAUUUUAGACUAUCACACAACUGUAAUGUUUGUUCUUUUGGGUGAAAAUCUGCAUAAACAAUGGUAAGAAGUUCCUUCAAAUGGAUAAAAAAAGGCUGUGGAAACCAUUUCACCGGGGAGCUAAGCCUCCAAACAAUGAUAACAAUAAUCCCUAUAACUUAUACCAAUUUUUGCAGAAUUUUCAUUUUUGGAAUCAUUGUUCAGCUUUCUUUUUUGUUAAUCAAUUUUAAAAUAUUUUUUUUCGAGGUAAAUUUUCAAGUAAUUAUUAAAUGUUAAGUAAUAUAAGUUGAAAUAUUGUAUCAGUAUUGCUUAUUGCAGAAAUGAUACGAAUAUUACCAACAUUAAUUAGAUGACUAUGGAAAAUGGUGUGUAUAAUAAGGUUUGUAUAUUUAUUUUUGCCCUGAGUAGAUAGUUAUGGUUUGUUUUGGAGUAUUUCAGACAGUUUACAACAACACUGUAUCAUCUAGCUGAACUGAAAGAUGGUCAGUUAGGACAGUUUUGCUCUCACACAUGUACAUUGUACUAUUGUUAAUGAAUGCAUUUUGAGUGCUAUCCUGUGUCAAGGAAAAUCGUUAAUUAUUUCAACAUUUUGUCAAAUUUUAAAAGUUUUAUUAUAUGAUCUUAGUGCUAUUUUUAUCUUAAGUUUUAUAAAACAAUGUUUAUUAAGAAAACAAUCGUAAAAACAUAAAGCAUAGUUUUAGCAAAAACUUUUUGCAAAAGUAAAUGGAAAAGUGGGUGGGGCAGGGGGCUUUAAACUCGAUACCGGGAAUACUGCACACUCAUAUAGGUGUUUUUGUGAAGCUUCACCCUUUCUUAAACAUCACAAUUUUAACAAGAGAAAAAAUAUAACAACAAAAAACAGCAUAUUCACUCCAGCGCUUGACCCUUUUCUUUAGUAUAUUUCUAGUUUUGAAGAACAAGCUCCCUACAUUUAAAAAGCCUUACUAUGAAAGAUAAUGUGGCCAUCUCGUGAACAAGGGUGCGGAGAAUGAUGGCAGUACCAGAUAUGAAAUCAUUGUGAACAGUGCGAUACAUGGAAGUUAAUAUGACUUGGUUUGAUUGCAUGUUGGACAGUUAAUCAUGUUUCUAUAUAACGUGUGUGUAUUAGCGAAUGCCUGGGCUACUCUGGAACAAUGUUUUAUCAAAAUAACACUUUGAAUUUUAGUUGUAAUCUUGUACACUUUUUAAUAUUUUUAAAAAUGAUGUAUUUUUCAGUAGAAUGGUACAUUUCUAUUGGUUGAAUUCUAUUGGUUGAAAACUGUUCUCACACAUUUUAUAAUUUAUUUUUUAAAAGGUGUUCAAAUUUAAGUUUGUUCUUAAAACAAACAUCAAAAAAAUACCUAGAUACUUAUUUAAAACAGAAAUUCAUAAAUUGAAGCUUUAAAUAAUCACUUUUCAAUACUUUCUGUCAUAUUUUCAAGUACUUAUUAUGAACAACGUUAAAAUUAUGUGGGAAAGUAACUGAUUAUUGUUUUAUUGAACACUGUUCCAGGGGACUCAGAUGGUGAAAGCGAUAAAGUUCUAUAUGCUCCUGUAUUUAAUGUCAGAACUUUUUUGCUAUCAUAUAUACAAAAGGAGACAGAAAUACAUCAUUCAACAGGUCAGGGCUAGGAGUAUGCAGGUAGUCAACAGUUUUGGAUUCAACACAGUCAACAGUUUUGAUUUCAACUCCAAAAGAACUGACUGUAUUUUGACACUUGAUUUUUUCUUAUGUUAAUGAAUUUGAAUGAUUAUCUAUACAGAAUCUGAUUUUUACAGGAGCUUUUUAAUCUAAUUUAUGGAAGUUAAUGAAAUGUUUUUAGAAGAAAGAGAAAUGUGAGGUAAAAAGGAGUGGAGGUCCUCUCUGUUCUGUUGAUUUUCUGGCCUGACCUGUUAAAACUUAUGUUGAAGUCAUUUUGGGGACUAUACUGAGAAUAGAAAACAAUUUGUUGCUAAUCGCUUAUGCCAAAUUUUAUGUAGUAGAUAGAGGCAGAUAGAUGGAAAAAUGACAGUCCUAGCAUAGAAAAGAACUGUGAAAGAGUUUAAAAGAUCACAUUUAUAUUACAUCUUUCAAUUAUAAUAGCACAAUGGUUGCUUUGGUAUAAAUUUUUUUUGUUUUUUUAAGAUUGGUCACACAAUAGGAUACGAAAUUAGUUAAGAAAAUGCAUUAGAAUGUUUCAAAGGAAUAUAUUAACUGUUGCCAAGGUUACCCUUUUACAUGCAAACUAUUGCCAAGGUUACCCUUUUACAUGUAAACUGUUGCCAAGGCUACCCUUUUACAUGCAAACUAUUGCCAAGGCUACUCUUUUACAUGCAAACUAUUGCCAAGGUUACCCUUUUACAUGUAAACUGUUGCCAAGGCUACCCUUUUACAUGCAAACUAUUGCCAAGGUUACCCUUUUACAUGUAAACUGUUGCCAAGGCUACCCUUUUACAUGUAAACUGUUGCCAAGGCUACCCUUUUACAUGCAAACUGUUGCCAAGGUUACCCUUUUACAUGUAAACUGUUGCCAAGGCUACCCUUUUACAUGUAAACUGUUGCCAAGGCUACCCUUUUACAUGCAAACUGUUGCCAAGGCUACCCUUUUACAUGCAAACUGUUGCCAAGGCUACCCUUUUACAUGUAAACUGUUGCCAAGGCUACCCUUUUACAUGCAAACUGUUGCCGAGGCUACCCUUUUACAUGUAAACUGUUCCCGAGGCUACCCUUUUACAUGCAAACUGUUGCCGAGGCUACCCUUUUACAUGUAAACUGUUGCCAAGGCUACCCUUUUACAUGCAAGCUGUUCCCAAGGCUACCCUUUUACAUGCAAACUUUUGCCGAGGCUACCCUUUUACAUGCAAACUGUUGCCGAUGUAAACUGUUGCCGAGGCUACCCUUUUACAUGUAAACUGUUGCCAAGGCUACCCUUUUACAUGUAAACUGUUGCCAAGGCUAUCCUUUUACAUGUAAACUGUUGCCAAGGCUACCCUUUUACAUGGUUACUGUUGCCAAGGCUACCCUUUUACAUGUAAACUGUUGCCAAGGCUAUCCUUUUACAUGUUAACUGUUGCCAAGGCUACCCUUUUACAUGGUUACUGUUGCCAAGGCUACCCUUUUACAUGUAAACUGUUGCCAAGGCUACCCUUUUACAUGUUAACUGCUGCCUAGGCUACAUUUUUACAUCUUUAAAUUGAUCAUAUCUUCUUUUGUUGCUAUGACAACAAAGUCAAAAGUUCAUGGUUCUUAAAUAACUAGGUGUUAAGCGGUAGAGGUAACCCACUUAUUUAUAGACAUUGUUAUAGUACAUGUAUAUUCAGAACUUAAUGAGUACUAUCUGUUCUAGCGUAUUUUCCACAGUAAAACUCCAUAUAUUCAGAAUCAAAUGAGAAUUAUAUCUCCGUACAGUUAAACUCCCUGGUUUCUGUUUUUAUAAAGAACUCUCUCUGUAUUUGGGCUGUCAAGUGGUUGUCAGACUAUCUGUACGGUGUUUUUGUUGUUAUAACUGUUUACCUGGUGCGUUUUUAACUACAUUGUUUAUUGAGUAUUUUUAUUAUGAUAUAAGUUUUAUAAUAUUGAAAUAGCUCAAAAUGGCUUCAUUUUAUAGAAUAUUUUAUACUAUGAUGAUAUUUUCUGUAAUGUAGGUUGCUUGGUCUCAUGUCUGAUGUUGGCUCAAUACCAGUGUCGGCAACUCCAGUGAUUUGUUCCGUUUAAGCUACAUAAGUACAGUGGGAAAAUUCCUGACAAGAUCUUGUUUUUAUAUUAAUGGUGUAUGGGGAAAAACUCUUCUUCCAUUAAAAUUGCAAAUUAUGAUGCAUUACUUAAAGGGGGGUUGUUAUUAAAUAUAGAAAUACAGGAUGGUAUUUUUUGUCCCAGAUUCCAAAGAACCUUAUUUGGUAUCAGUGAAACAGCUUUGAUAAUUCAUGGAUACAAGAUUUUGCUUGUGAAAUAUCCCGAGGUACUCAAUGGAGCUGAGCCUUAUGGUGUACAUGGGUUGGGGGUAAACAUCCUUCAUAUUUUAAAAGCUUUUGACAAAAUUUACACAAAUUUAUGUUUACAUGGAACUUAUAACAAGAGCUUGCACCUUGAGCAUCAAGCAUGAGAUCUGGUACCUGGCUUACAGACUGCUUUGUCUGAAAGAGAGGCCGACGGUUACCUUGCACUGAUUGAUGGAGGCUGUUUUAUGCUGAAAGUUGGCAGGUUUUUUUUUAAACUAAAGGCUGGUGUGUGGUGUUUUUGUUGGAGGCAUUGUAAACAAUGAAGUUGACUUCUUUAGUGGAGCGGUCUAAGAUAUCUUAACAAAAUGGAAAAUGUCAUAAAUUACAAACAAUUAUUGUGUUAAUUUGUUGUGAUUUUUAAAGUUUAAAGAGGUGAGUGGAAGAAAUAUUUUAGUGUCUGAACAUCAAGACUUGUUACAUUUAAGAACAAUUUACUUGUUUAUGUAACCAUGAUAAUUUUAUAACACAUUAUUAUAAAGUUCAAAAUCCAUUUCCAGUGUAAGAAUAAGAGCCAACAAUGUUUGUUGUAGGUUAACUUGAGUUCUCUCCUUUUGGACAGGCAUAUUUAUGAUACCGGUGUGUAAUUUUCAUCUUAAAAACCUUCUCUUUAUGCGAUAUUUUCAUCUUAAACUAUUUUAACCCUCUAUGUGCAUAUAAACUUAUUUAAUAUUGUAUUAAGUAGGUGAUAGUGGAAAAGGUUUCAAAGUUAAAACUCUCUUCCCUUAUAAUGUUGUGUAAAAAUAAAACUUUCAUGUUAAUUAUAAUGUUAAAUAGUUCAGUCUAUUGUGGAGCAGUCAAGCAUGGACAACUAUAAUAACUUCGGAAAUAACUGAGGGAUAACUUUCAGAGCAUUUCAUUAGAUUCUCUGUUUUUCGAGGAAAAAAUUCCAGUUAUUGUGAUAGCCUUGGAGUUGUUGUUGUUGUCGUUGCUGUCGUGCGAAAAAUUACAACUUGGCCAUAUCUCAAAAAUAGUUAAUAAUAUUGAAAUGAGACUUGGUACAUGUGUAGCCAGUAACAGUACACACAUGUACAGCAAGGCCCAUAACACACAUGUACAGCAAGGCCCAUUACACACAUGUACAGCAAGGCCCAUAACACACAUGUACAGCAAGGCCCAUUACACACAUGUACAGCAAGGCCCAUUACACACAUGUACAGCAAGGCCCAUAACACACAUGUACAGCAAGGCCCAUAACACACAUGUACAGCAAGGCCCAUUACACACAUGUACAGCAAGGCCCAUUACACACAUGUACAGCAAGGCCCAUAACACACAUGUACAGCAAGGCCCAUAACACACAUGUACAGCAAGACCCAUUACACACAUGUACAGCAAGGCCUAUUACACACAUGUACAGCAAGGCCCAUAACACACAUGUACAGCAAGGCCCAUAACACACAUGUACAGCAAGGCCCAUAACACACAUGUACAGCAAGGCCCAUUACACACAUGUACAGCAAGGCCCAUAACACACGUGUACAGCAAGGCCCAUAACACACGUGUACAGCAAGGCCCAUAACACACACGUACAGCAAGGCCCAUAACACACACGUACAGCAAGGCCCAUUACACACAUGUACAGCAAGGCCCAGUACACACAUGUACAGCAAGGCCCAUAACACACAUGUACAGCAAGGCCCAUUACACACAUGUACAGCAAGGCCCAUUACACACAUGUACAGCAAGGCCCAUAACAAACAUGUACAGCAAGGCCCAUAACACACAUGUACAGCAAGGCCCAUAACACACAUGUACAGCAAGGCCCAUAACACACAUGUACAGCAAGGCCCAUUACACACAUGUACAGCAAGGCCCAUAACACACAUGUACAGCAAGGCCCAUUACACACAUGUACAGCAAGGCCCAUUACACACAUUAGCAUGGAAAUCAACAGAUGAGUGUUGGCAUUCGGUCUGCGGUGCUGUUGUUAUACAUUAACAUAAACUCUUUACAAUAAAAUAUUUGGCUUAUCUCAAUAUAUCUUUAUAUAUAUACAUACAACUAUACACAUAUUUUAUAUGAUCUGAUAAAAGUGUUAAAUAUUUUCUAUCAUUGAAAUGCAUUUUAUUAUUUACAUUAGUUUUAUACACAAUGUUCAAGAAAUUAGAAAGAAACUGGGGAAACUUGUCUUCAGGAAGGGUUUUAUUGAAGUUAUAUAUUGUUUUAAACACCUUGUGCUGCACCCUCAAAAGGUUCAAACAAACUGAGUUUGAUCACAUUGGAAAGAAUUGCACAAAAAAUUAUACAUUUUCUCUUCAAUUUUUUAUCAAAUAUAUAUCUUCUAUCAAAAUACCAUUCAACGAGUUGUGAGUGAUAGUUGUUCAAACCUUUUAACAUGAUUUUUACUCAUUAUUUUAAAUCUUUUACUCCACAGUUUUAUAAGAAUCCCGGUUAUAAUGUUGUUCUUGUUUACAAUACCCCACAGAGGGUUACAUAUUACUGUGAAAUCAUUUAUAUUCGUUGGCAUGAAAUUUCGUGGUUUGCCGAAAAAUUACAAUUUCUUGGGUACUUGAAUUCGUGGUUUUUCGUUUUUGAAAAAAAUAAAUAAUCGAAAUUGCGAUCGUCCUAGAUCGACUGCAUUCCACACGCUGGCCCGUGAUUUACGUUGUCUACGUCACUCGGUUUAUGACACUCGCUAAAGUGGUACGACAUGCCAAUUAGUGCAUAUAUCCAUGUCAAUUAUCAAUUUAAUUGGAAAUUAAGGUCAUAAAAGAAGAUGUACCCUGAUCCUUAAUACAGAUAGACGAAGCCAUUGAAUGCCAAUUAAGCAUUUUGCAAACUGUGAAAACACCGAGAAGGUCCGUUUGUUUGAGUAAACAAUCCCUAAAGAUAGCUGAUAUUUACAAAUUCAAGUACUUUUGAAUCUCAUUUCAAUAUUUAUUCACACGCUUUUGUUUAAUAAGUAUAUUAAACUCUUUGUUUUGUACAUUGUCACAUUGGGUGCUCAGUAACCUCUAAUGUAAUCGAUUAAUUAUUUCAUUAAAGAAAUAAAAUCGAGAACCCGACACUCAUCACUCACAUUUUGUAAACCUGGAGAUUUUAAUGAACAGCACAUGUUAAGGCACGUGCUUCUGUCAUUUGUUUUAUAAAAACACAUUAAAAUGAUAUGGUUUAUUAUUUGUUAAAGGCUGAUAUGAUAUAUUAACAAAACAAUGAUAGUAAGAUAUACAGUUAGACGGAUAUUUACGAUGUUUACUGCGGCCUCUGUAACGAAAUAGCUAGAGUAUGUACAUAACAUGGCAAUUCAAAAAGGGAAUAAAGGGUCAAUAUUUCGUGGGAUCUUGAAUUCGUGGAUCACCCAACCCACGAACACCACGAACAUUAAUGCCCCACGAACAUUAAUGAUUUCACAGUAUAUCAUAUGAAUUAAAUUAUACACACUUAAAUUGCAUCACUUAUUGCUGUUACGAUUUUGUGUACUUAAAAAAUGUAGGGGAAGAAUGUGUUAAAUUGUCAAGGUCAUUUUAUACUAUUAGUUGAUAUUCCCUUGUCAACAAAUACAAUGUCAUGUGAUGAACAUGUGACCAACUUUAAACCAAUGAAAUACUUGUAUAUCAAUAUAUGUAACAUGUUCAAUGGUUUCUCUUUGUUCUGUGAACUUUAUGAUGGUGUUCUUAUUGUUUUAACUUGAAGUAUUAUCUUUCAACAUUGAAUGUUGUCAUUUUUAAUAUAAUUAGAAUUGUCAUGGUAACAUGUGGUUGUCAUGGCAAUGACUGGUCACAUGGUCAUCACAUGAUGUGAGUAUUUGGGCCAGAUUAAAUAUGUUUUGCAUGAUUAUGUUUUUUAGAAUAAUGAAAACAACGUAAUGUUAAUUUAUUAUAAGCAUUUAAUCAGCGCGAUAUUUUUAUGUUUUUUUUUAUGCAUGUAAUACAUUAAAGCCAGGUGUUUAAAUUCAGUGAUUCUUUUACCUCCAACCUUUUUACUUGGCAGUUUUUAUUUACUUAAAGAAUUAUUUCAACAUUUUAGCUAAAUGAAGGCUGGUCCAUUAAUAAUAUGUAUUUUUAUCUCUUUGUUGAAUGAACAUAUUUUUAUCACAUUUGGUAUUUUAUGCUACCACAGUAACUGUCAAUAUUUUGUCAUACAAUAGGAAACAUACUUGUUCCACCGGUUGUUGGUUCCCAGGUCACUGGUAGCUGGUUCCCAUGUUAACUGAAAGCUGGUUCCCAGGUUCACUGGUCGUUUGUUGCCAGGUUCACUGGUGGCUGGUUCCCAGGUUCACUGGAAACUGUUUCACUGGUAGCUGGUUCAUAGAUUCUCUGGUAGCUGGUUCCCAUGUUCACUGGUAGGUGGUUCCCAGGUUCACUGGUAGUUGGUUGCCAACCUCACUGGUAGCUGAUUCCCAGGUUCACUGGAAGCUGGUUCACUGGUAGCUGGUUCAUAGAUUCUCUGGUAGCUGGUUCCCAUGUUCACUGGUAGGUGGUUCCCAGGUUCACUGGUAGUUGGUUGCCAGGUUCAUUGGUAGCUGAUUCCAAGGUUCACUGGUAGCUGGUUCCUAGAUUCUCUGGUUCCCAUGUUUACUGGUAGCUGGUUCCCAUGUUCAUUGGUAGCUGGUUCCCAGGUUCACUGGAAGUGGUUCCCAGGUUCAUUGGUAGCUUGUUCCCAGAUUCAUCUAUUACCACUCACGGGGAUCGUCUCCAUUUAAGUUGCAUAGUAACUAUCUCCUUAUGAUCAGAAAUGUUUCUAUAAUUUUAAGAGAACAAGUUUUGAAUUUCCCAAAUUUCAUCAAGGGAUAUUUGAGAAUGACAGCUUUGUAAAAAUGUUUCUAGUGGAAAAUGUUUAUCUUAUUAUACUGUUGCUUGUUCUUAAAGGAACUGUAGAUUGUUUCUUAGGAACUAUGUUUCAGAUAUUUUAGCUUUUAUUGCCAACCAGAUAUGAUUUUUGUUAGAACAAACCUGUUCAAAAUUUUGAAGCGUUGCAUGGCAACAUGUACACAGUAGAAUUGUUGCCGGCCAACGGUUGCUAGGUAUCCUACCUCAACAUGACAGAUGUUCCAUGGUUACUCAGGGAGACUCACAUUACAUCACGGAACAGUGAGAGGGGUGGGAGGUUACACAACACCGAUAUCUCGCAACACAUAGGCUACAUAUAACCAAUAUCUAUAUCAAACCAUAUACAUGUAUGGAAAAACUAGUGUUGUUCUUUAUGCAUGUAAAUAAUACCUCAACAUUUAAGAGUCAACUGUUCUAAUUUUGUUCAUAUUUCGUCACUACUGGUAUUGUUCAUAUUGCAUGUUGACUUCGUCAACUGAAGCAUUUACCCCCAACAGUGGGAACACAUGAUAUUUUUUACAAGAUAUUUCUCCUUAACUCUGUACCAGAUCACUCAUGGUUUAAUCAACAGGAAUUUUAUAAAUCAUUGUGCUAUAUAAAAUGUUUUUGAUAGCUUUGGAAGAAAAAUAAAGGCACAUUUUGUUUAGUUUCAUUGGGAAAUGAAAUUGUGUUAGAUAUUAUUGUGUAAUGACCUUUCAUUUGUUUAUGACCACAAUUUGAUAUUUCUUAAAAUAUAUUUACUUUCAUCCAUUAUUUUUCAAAACCACCUGAUAUAUAUGUUAGGAUCUGAUAUUUAACUAAGGAUACAUACCACUGAUUGUAGUAUGACUGUCUGCAGGUAUUGCUGUACAGUCUGCCUCUUAUGUAGUGUAAAAUACUGAACCGGUCUGUAACAGUUGUCAUGGUAACACGCUGUUAAUGCCAGAGAUGCAUCGUAAGCAAAAAUAUUUGUUAAUGUCUUUUCAUGUAGAGAUUUAGAUGAAUGAUAUUUUCUUUACAUAUUAAAUCGGUUUGAUUUUAUGUCUGGAAUUGAUUACCAGGUAUCAGUUAAAACACAAAAUGUAAGAAAAUAUAGGUUAGAAAUCACCUUGUAUAAUUAUGAUGCUAUUUUUUAUCUUCUAAAGAAUAUAUAUUUUCUGCAAAAAUGUUAUUUUUUAAUUGUCACAUUUUGGAUAAAAUACUAAGUACAUGGUUUACUUAAUGAAUUAAUCUCAUAUUUUGUGUCUUCUAAGAUGUGUUGCCAUGGCAACGGCUGCCAACGGUGAGGUAUAAUAUCAUCCCUAAACCUCAGCUACGGAUACAUUUAUUGUAUAGCUAUGAAUUAUUAAACAUGAAAACAAA